GUAUAAAAUGCCUUCUCAAGUCGUCUCCAAGCUCGUUUACAGACGACCUGCAGGAGAGAUAUGGGGAUCCUCUGACAUUCAGCAGGUUAAAGGUGUUAGCUCCACAAGCUUCUCACUAUGGCUUCAUUUCUUGCACUGUUUUUGGGGUUACCCGUUGCGCUGACAUGUGCACCACAAAAAGCAGACUAUGUUGUUGUGUCCUGUUUUCCUAAUGCCAUCAUCGCCAAUGUCCCAGAGUGUCCUUAUGGCUGGGAUAUAGACCAGCUAUCCCUGGGUGGAGUGUGUUACACUGGAAUACACAGCCCAGGCUACUACCGCUUCAUUAUCCCAGACCUAACGCCCAGAAACCAUUCAUACUGCGGCACACAAUCUGAGUACAUGCCAGGCAAAGAUGCAAAGUACAUCUUCUACAACUCCAUUGUGUCCAAUGAUACUUCCCUAACAGUCAGAAACCAGCCAGUCAACUACACCUUCACCUGCAUGUACCGAGCAGCCUACCUGGUGAAUAACGCAGUCUUCAGCCAGAGCGUUUUUACUAAACCCUCUGCUUUUUCUAGAGUUGCUACAGUUUAUGUCAACAAUGGGAGUUUAGGGACUUUUAGAUCACAGUUGUCUAUGAACGUGUUCACGAACUCGAAGUUCCUGUAUGCUAAGGAUGCUCCCUAUGUGAUUGACACCUCUGAGAUUGGCUCGGAAGUUUUUAUCGGUAUUGAAGCAAAAGGUCUAAGUAAUAGGUUCAAAGUUGUUAUUAACAACUGCUGGGCGACUCCAACUCCUUAUUCAACAGACAGUAAGAGGUGGAGUCUUAUCAUCAACAGCUGUCCGGCUGACUACACUGUGACCAUUUUCGAUAAUGCCAAAGACAGUCGCUCCACCUUUAAGUUCAACUCUUUCCGCUUCCAGCGACUGGAGAAGGUUUCCACCGUGUGGCUUCACUGCGAGGUCCACAUCUGUGAUGCAGAGAGGCUAGUCUGUCAGCCUAGCCCGUGCUCUAAGAGGUCCUUGUCUUCAGAAGUAGAACCAAGUGGAGGAAUCCUCACCACUGAAUUUCAGAUUCAAGGAAGUGAAUCAUCAAAUAAUGAGCACACAACAGGGACCUUUCUUCUCAUCCUGCUCCUGGUCCUGAUGAACAUUGGUUUGAACUAGAAAAUACUUAAAAAGUUAAAAACAAUUUUUAAAAGAAACCUUGGUAAUCACAAAUCUUGUUACACACACUACCAACGUGUGUACAGCUGCAGAGGGAAGUGUCACCCAGGACUCAGGGAGUGCAUGAAUACCUUCCCAAGGUAAAAUUAAUUGCUGUAUUAAGAAAAUCUGGUAAAUCUUAAAAAAGAAAAAAGUCAACUUUUAAUGACUCAAUGAAAAUACUCCUUUCCUUUAAGUCAAAAUCUUUAUUGUUUUUCAUUGUU